UAAAUCAAGGCAGCGGGACAAAUUCCCUCCAAGUUUGAAGUGGUUUUGGUUUGGGCAUAUAGGGUUUUGCUUCACUGUUCAUUGCCGGAACUGAACUGAAUCCAUGGCAUCCUCAUCGUCAACCACCACCAACACCACCGUCGGCUACGACGUCCCAUGGGUGGAGAAGUACCGACCCUCCAAGGUCGCCGACAUCGUCGGCAACCAAGACGCCGUCUCUCGCCUCCAAGUCAUCGCUCGCGACGGCAACAUGCCCAACCUCAUUCUCUCCGGUCCUCCCGGCACCGGCAAAACCACCAGCAUUCUCGCCCUCGCACAUGAGCUUCUCGGUCCCAAUUGCAAAGAAGCAGUUCUUGAACUCAAUGCAUCAGAUGAUAGAGGAAUAGAUGUUGUGAGGAACAAGAUCAAGAUGUUUGCUCAAAAGAAAGUAACGCUGCCUCCGGGCCGACACAAGAUAGUUAUACUGGAUGAAGCUGACAGCAUGACAACCGGAGCACAGCAAGCCUUGAGAAGAACAAUUGAGAUAUAUUCCAAUACUACUCGUUUCGCUCUUGCUUGUAACACAUCGGCUAAGAUUAUUGAGCCGAUUCAGAGUAGAUGUGCCAUUGUGCGGUUUUCGCGAUUAUCUGAUCAUGAGAUACUUGGUCGCCUCAUGAUUGUGGUUAAAGCUGAGAAGGUUCCCUAUGUUCCUGAAGGACUUGAGGCCAUCAUCUUCACUGCUGAUGGUGAUAUGAGGCAGGCAUUGAAUAACUUGCAAGCAACAUACAGCGGGUUCCAGUUUGUCAACCAAGCAAAUGUUUUUAAGGUUUGUGAUCAGCCGCAUCCACUGCAUGUGAAGAAUAUGGUGCGCAAUGUGAUUGAAGGGAAUUUUGAUGAGGCUUGUACGGGGCUCAAACAACUGUAUGACUUAGGAUAUUCUCCCACAGAUAUCAUCACCACACUCUUUCGUAUAAUAAAGAAUUAUGAUAUGGCAGAGUACAUGAAACUAGAAUUCAUGAAGGAAACUGGAUUUGCUCAUAUGAGAAUAUGUGAUGGAGUUGGUUCUUAUCUUCAGCUGUGUGGCCUAUUGGCUAAGCUUUUUCUAGUUCGUGAAACUGCUAAAGCUGCAUGAGUUAGUCCAAGUGCAACUAAGAUAUAUAUAUAUAUAUAUAUAUAUAUCUGUUCUUCCCUUUUCUGAUACUGAGAAUGUUCUGCUGUUCUGAUAACCAGAAGAUAUACAGUAAUGCUUCAACUUCUCUAAAUAUGUUAUGUUUAGGUAGGCUCAUUUUCUGAAAUAUUUUAUCUGUAUAUUUAGUUGUGAAUGUCAUUUUCUGAUUUUUAACGAAUCAACUUCUCAAAUCUCAAGACAUUCAGAGCUAUUGAGCAGUACAAGGUUGCUUGAAUGUGGUUUUUAGUUUUGACAAUGGAAGGAAGGGGAAGGCGUAAUGUUUUGCGUGUUGUCUUAAUAUUGUCUAUCACCUUCAUUUCUAUCACCUUCAUUUUGUUGAAGAAUAUAUUAGUAUUCGUUGAAGUGCUA